UAUUAUAAUCGACCGACAGUAUGGAUGGCAUAUUAGGAGGAUAUUCUGUAUUCUUUGAUCUUCCUUAUCAAACGGCUUGGAAAAGAUAUAAUCAUAAAAAAUUUUGGAAUGUCAUAAUUCAUUUUGUUACUGCAUGGUUGGCAGUACGGCCAUUGCUGUCCAUACCAGGAAUAUUGUUUCCAACAUUUGUCAAUAUUUUUUUUAUUCUGAUAAUCAUCACCACUUGUGUGGUGCAAGAUCUUACACUUGGGGCAUUAUUUUCCACUGUUUACAUUGUGAUUGCGCUCUAUUCUCUCAGUAUUGAAACAACACUUCUCAGUGCUUUCUUCACACUCUCAUUGAUCCUGGGUUUUCAAAUUGUUAUGGGCCAUUAUGUUGUUGAAAAGGAACAGCCUAUCUUAUCAGAAAAACAAGGAGAUGCAGUAUAUACUGGUCUUACCAUCAUGAAUAGCCUUUUCUUGGAACCAUUUCAUUUCUCUGUACUUGUUUUGAUGAGAGCUAACUUAUUGCCUGACUUACAAUGGAGAUCAGAUCUACAGUUAAAAAGAAUCAUGGAACAUUUGGGUGGUAAAAAAUCUCCAUAACAUGAAACACAUGGAUGUAUAUUUCUGUGCAUAGUGGCAGGGCAAAAGAACUGUUGAUGCACUAUGAUAUGCAUUGUUUUAUGUGGGCGUUAAUCUCUUUUUUUUU